AUGUCUAAUGUUCAGCAGUAUCUGCUUACAAUUCAUAGUGACAAAGAAAAGGCACUAAGUAUAGCACAAGACACAACGAGAGGGCUUGAGUCAAAGCAAUUGACACUGAUCGAGGUUGUUCAAUCCUUGGGCGAAUACAUUAAUGAAGAAGAUGAUUCGAUACGUGCCAGAGCAAUAGACUACCUCUCCCAAGUCAUCGGCCGAUUGAGUCCGACAUUUCUCUCACGGCAGCAAAUACAAGUGCUCUGCCAGUUCCUUUGUGACCGCAUCGAGGAUGGAGGCGCCGUCGGAGGCCUCAGAAAGCUCCAAGCUUUGGGGAGGUUCAACAAGGAUAUGGCAGCGAUGACCUUCAGAGCAAUGCUCGACCGUUACCAGGACCUGCAAAUCCGUCCGCAAGCUCAAAGGGUACAGAUACUGGAGCUGCUGAACGACUUGAUGUUGAAGCACCGCAAUGCACUCAAAGAGCUGGGUAACGAGUCCAUUGUUGGCAUUACAGACCUUGUUAGUGGAGAGAAAGACCCGAGAAAUCUGAUGGUCAUCUUUUCGAUACUUAGAGUUGUCAUGGUAGAAUGGGACAUACCUGGACACGCCGAAAUGUUAUUCGAUUCGGUGUUCUGCUACUUCCCUAUUACCUUUCGACCGCCCCCAGAUGAUCCUUACGGGAUUACUGCACAGGACCUCAAAAGCCGCCUGAGAGAUUGCAUUGCUGCAUCAGGACACUUUGCACCCUACGCAUUUCCUCAAUUAAUUGAUAAGCUCGACUCUACAUCACCAAAUGUCAAGAAAGAUGUCCUGCAAACUAUCACAGCUUGUGCGUCAUCUUAUGGCAUCACGACCCUCUCAAACUAUUCGAUAAUGCUAUGGGACUCUUUAAAAUUCGAAAUCUUGAAUGUCCAAGAGGAAGACAUAGCAGAGGAAGCACUGGUCUCAUUGCAAGCCAUAGCAAUCAGGCUUGGUCUAGGUUUAGACUCUACGGAUCCGAAGACGCCUUUGGCCAGGUAUCUGCGACCGAUCACAAAGGAGUGUAACGAACAGCUCCAAGAACCACAGCAUAAACAAGCAAAGCCUGCAGGACAAAUUCUUAGUGCACUGGGUACAUCAUCGCCUGUCACAUUCUUCCUUAUUGUCAAAGCUAUCGUUCCGUCUUUGAUGGCCCUUUACCAGGAUGCCGAGAGCAUUGCAAAGCAAAGAGCGCUCCUGGAAGUAUUGGUACAAAUAUUUGAUUCUGCAAUUGCGGUGUACGGGACGCCCAGCAUACCGGCCCCAAACACAAGGGUAGAAAAUCCUUUAGAACCCUUCAAAGAUCGGCUAUUUGAAUUGAACAGUCAGGCGUUGAUGGGCAGUGCAGCUGACGAAGUAUCAUUCCGUGUGGUGGCACUGAAAGCUUUGCUACGCUUGUGCCUUCUUCGCAGAUAUUUGCAGGACAAUGAGAUUGGUAUGGCUGUCCAAUAUUUCGAUGAGAUUGUCCUUUUGGAGGAUCCAAGUGGAAAAGACGACCUGAAAAGAGAGGCAAUCCAAGCGUUGGUCGAGCUUUCCAGGAUCAAGCCCAAUCUUAUUAUGGACAUCACAUUCCCGGCGUUUAUGGCGAAGCUGCCUGACUCGAGCCCAUCAGACGAUCAGGAUUAUCUCAUUACCUUGGAGGGCCUGGCAAAGCUGAGCGUGGAAAGAUAUGUUGCUGACACGCUCAUUCGACGACUGCUGAACAGAUUGGACAUUGUGCUACAAAACGAUGGAUGUUCCGCAUAUCCGCAAGCAAUCUUGUCCACGUUACACUAUAUCCUCAGUCAACGAGAUCUUGAUCAAGAUCCAAAUCUGAGCAGCUAUCACGAGAGGAUAGUGGUUGGCCUCACUAGUCAGGUGGUGCUCGCAAGUGUUGGCAAAGCCCCGACUACAGCGCUGAACGAGGAACCCACCUUGGAGAUAUUGGGCCGUUUGGCCGUGAUGAUUGUUCGUGCCCUGGAUGAGCACAAACAGCAAUCCGUGGCGCUUCAUAUUUACUCAUUAUUCGUGGACGAAGCCGAUUUUGUACCUGUUCCCUUCAGAGGUAACAUACCAAAGCUGCAAAUGUCGACGAUGAUUCUUUCUGCUUCCUUGAUGGCAGGUGUAAGGCACUCGGUUUCCCUGCAAUUUACUGAUCCAGGCGUUGGCCCAAUAAAUAAAACACUUGCAGAGCUCAUCAGGAUAGCUUUCUCAGAGGACGUGCCGCCUUUACGACAAGCCAUUCUAAGACAAAUCGGUCUUUUGACAAACAAGUUCGUAUUGCCGCAAGACACGGAGUCAGUCCUUGGAAUCUUGAAAAAUCUCCUCUUGGGGCUGUCCGAGACCACAAGUGCAUCUGAGAAUGCAGUACGAAUUGUGUUUUGGGUAGCAAAAGGGCUCAUUCUACGACUUGCCCACACAGAUGAGAUACUGGAGCGUUUAUUAAAUCUACUAUCCGUCAAAGAAUGCGGUAUUGCAAGUGCUCGUGGUUUUGGACUGCUUCUUGCACCAGAUGAGGUUCUUUCGAAGGAAAAUGGUGCCCAAAUCAGGUUGCUUGCAAAGCAAAAGGUGUUCAAUAUCUGUGUGCCCAAUAUCGCCAAAGAGUUUCGAAGGGCGAAUCCUGCAACCAAGUCAAAUUACCUCGUUGCGUUGUCAGGCAUCCUGGAGCACAUGCCUACAGAAGUGGUUUUGCCAGAAAUCGAUACGAUUCUCCCACUCCUUCUGCGAAGUCUCGAUCUCGAGGACUCUGACGUCAAGGCGGCGACCAUACAGACUCUUACGGUCGUGAGUCAAGAGAACCCUAAGGCUAUCGAAGGACAUGUUGGCAGCUUGGUCAGCAGGCUUCUCAAGGUCAAGGACAGCACUCUACUUCCUUACAAACAUACAGUGACGAGAGGUCUAUUGAACGUCUUGGAUGAUCCCAAGAGAAACGUUAGGAAGGAAGCGGUGGAAUGUCGAGUCGCUUGGUUCAACAUGGACGAGCCUCAGAGCGAUUGA